AUGCCGAAAAGAAACUAUUGGGAAACAUUCCUCGGAUGGGAGAUGUACAAAUCUAUUUGGAAAUCAAGGAUGGUCGACAUCACAAGAAAAGCUCGCAAUGGCGUGGAGGCACAGAAUGUUCCACUUAUGACAACAGAUGGCAAAAGAUGUGUCCGCUUGCUGGAUUUAUUGCAGGUUGACAGAGCGUUGGUGGUGUAUUUUGGCAGCUGUAGUUGUCCUGUUUUUAUGAAUAAGCUGAAGCUGUUUGGUGAACUGGCACAGGAUUAUUCCGAUAUCGUUGAUUUUGUGGUGGUUUAUAUUGAAGAAGCCCAUCCUGAGGAUGGAUGGUCAUUUAAGGUUUGGAAUUUUUUUAUUAUUAUGAACUUUAUUUCAACACGGAUUCCAUGAUCAUUAAAAUUAAUACAAAAUGCUCUUCCUGAGAGCCAUGCAUGUUAAAAAUAGAUUAAAAGUAACAGGGAGAAUGUAUUAUAAGACUAUAGGACGCAUUCCAUAAAGUCAAUUUACAAAGAAAAUCGGCUUUAUAGGAGCAACUAUUUUCAUAUUUAACUUAAUCAAGCUUUUGAAACCAGUAAUAUUUUUGCAUGUUUUAGUAGCAUCAUCUAAGCAACUCAAGGCAACUGCUCCGCUAUAGGCAAGAAUAUUGUUUGAAAAAAUGGUAUUUGCUUUCGGAAUUCCUAAAUGUUUAUAAACUAUAUACCACUCACGUUGUAGUCAUCUUUUCAUCCCUCUUAGAUUACUAGGAUUUCAGAUAUGAAGGUGCAUGCAGCAUUGUUUACCACCUUGAAUCAACACUGCAUGCAUGAAUGGCUAAAGUUUGCUAACCAAGUUUUACUUUUUUUGCAUGCUUCAAGUUUUCCUUCUGAUUACUGGAAAUUGCCCAGAAAAACAAAUAAAUAUUAUCUUCACUGAAAAGAUUAGCAAUGUGGCGUUGGUGGCCAGUCCAUGUAUAUAAUGUUCCCUUUGUUGCGAGGGCUCCCACAAAACACAUAGGCAUAGCAACAGAAUAACCAUGCAUGCUGUACCUUUCUUUUUUUAACCAUGUCAUAACGCUAGCAUGCAUUUAUUUGAACCGUCAAAAGAGCUACUUGUCAUAUAAUUACUUUUUAUUGAUGCAUGGUACAUAUAUAUUGUGCAUAGGUCAGAAUUCCAAGGCUGAUUUGUUAAAUAUGGGAUUAAAAUCGUAAUCAAUCAUUAACACAUUUGUACACAAAACUAGUCGAUAUUUCAAUCCCUGCUGUUCUAUGCGUUUACAGAACUGGGUUGGAUUUCAUUCACAAGCCGAAGAGCAGUAUGGCAAAUUCGGGAUUUCCUUAAAAAUACUUAUUAUGCACCUGUAAUGAGUGCAUUUAUAAGUACUUUGCACCUAUCCCCCCACACCAUGCACAAUAAUAAAAAAUUGAAAAAGGAUAAAAUAAUUAAAAAGGUAUCCUGCAUGGCACUAAUGCGGAGAUGAGCCUUAAUUCGUCCAAUGAGACUCAGUUUAUUCGUUGCUUAUACUUACGACAUGUAAUUAACGUGAUCAUCCCAAAUCAGUUGAUGAUUGAUGGUGAUUCCUAUAGAUAUUUAUACUAAAUAGUAUAUAAUUAUAUAUAUAUUCCCAUUUUAGAACAAUUUCAUAAAAGUACGAAAACAUCGUAGUCAAGAAGAAAGAUGUCGCGCUGCACAGAAAUUACAAGAACUCAAUCUACCAUGUGACAUAUUGGUAGACACCAUGGAAGAUAACGCUAAUGUCGCUUACGGUGCUCUGCCAGAAAGACUUUACGCAAUUGAAGAAGGCAAAGUGGCGUACGUUGGCGGGCAAGGACCCAUGAAUUCUUCAAUGAAGGCAGCACGAGAAUGGCUGGCAGAAUAUAGAGAGAAAAACACAUUCAGAAGAUGGACACUUUAG